AUGGAGCCACAAAGAGGUCACCAUAUUUUAACAAGGCUAACUAAAAUACGCAGAAGGCCACAGCAACCUUUAACAGACUUUACUGAACUUUACAGUAGAAUUGCUAAUGAAACAAUAUAUUACUUGAACCUAGAAGAGAAGAAACAAUAUAAGGAAGCAUUGCAAGGCUGGAAAGCGCUUACCACUGACGUACUUUUCAAACAAACGUUAAUAGAGCACAGCUAUCCAAAUACCCAAUCGUAUACUAAGGAUGAGCUUAGUCUUCAGAACGGUAUUCGAGAACUGUACCACAAAAGUGUUAUGCAUUUAGAAAGAGUGCAAAAAUUGAUUCACGAAGGGCCUAACAAGAAGGAUCUGCCGUCUAAAACAUACAGCAAUCGUAGCUCAUCUUUUACCAGGACUACAGAAUCGCCACCUGUAUUCCAAAUGGUUCCGGGAAGAAUGAUGAAAACGCUAAGGAAUAGGAAUGCAUGCAGCUAUAGAAAUGCGUACUCAAGCUCCUCGCUAUCAUCACCUAUUAACAAUAUAUCCUCGAAACGUAGAGAAGAAACGGAAAACAUCAAAGUGAAUUUUGUGCCCUCCAAGCCUCUUUCUAAUAUAACAAGCAAACAACACAAGAAAUCUGUCGGGCACGAUGAUUUGUUACCCAAGAAAGAAACGGAGACAUAUUCAGAAAGAUAUAUGUCGGAACAAAUAUUGAUAGAUUUGACUAACGAUGAAGAUGAUCAUGAUGGAAUUUUAGAAGAGCCUCAUCUAUUUGAUGAAGAAGAUAGUGAAGAUUUUGAAUUUGAUGUUUCUGAUUAUUAUGAUAACUUUUCCGAAAUUGGAAAAGAAGAAGAACAGCCCAUAAACACGUCAAAAACUUUAGACGAAAUCCAACAACAUAUGUCUGAUUUGUCCGUCACUUCUUCUGUAUCUAGUAGCAAGAGUACGGGUUCUUUGAAAAGUAUUCCUGAACCAUCUCUACGAUUUUUACCUAAUACAGCGCCCGCUCUUCCUUCAUUGCCUCCACCUCCUAUAUCAAGUAUUGAUAGAGCAUCUAGUACUGACGCUGUAAAAUCAAAUAGUUCAGAAGCCUCUACUAUCAUGGAUCCCUUAAAGACUAAACAUCCUCAAAUAUCAAAGUUGGUAAAAAAUAAUCAUGCACCGUAUCUGAAGGGCACCAAGUCAACACCUACUCUUAUUGUUAAAUCUACGCCAACCUAUGUUACAAGAUCCAAAAGUAAUACAAAAUCAUCUACCAAAUCCACUGCGUCAUCUCCGACUUCUUCUUUGACAGCGCCGAAGUCUGUUCUCCAAAAGCCGAAGACUGCUGCAAUGGCAGCCAAGAAAGUAUUAAAUAGCAAAAAGAUUGUGAACAGUUCUGCAGUUAACACCACGAAAAAGAGUCGUCCUGUUUUGAAAUCCAAAACACCAAAAGUUUCAACUAGUAGUUUGAAGAAAACGAGCAAUCAUCCUUCCCGACCUGUUAGUAAUUCGAAAAUAUCUAUUCAAAGCGCAUCUGUAAACAAGAAACCAAUGAAAAAUCAAACUACAUCCACCAAUAAGACGAACCGAAAAAUAUCAGCACAAAGAAAGAUUAAUUCACCUAAAAUGAGAGAACCUAAAACAGAAUUUGCCACUGAAAAUGACACUCCAUUGGAUGAGGAAAGAAAAAAUUCAGAUGUAGACAAAAAAGUUCUAAGAGAAAUCUUAGAAGAUGAAAUUAUCGAUAGUUUACAAGGUGUGGAUAAACAAGCUGCAAAGCAAAUUUUUGCCGAAAUUGUGGUUCAUGGAGAUGAAGUUCAUUGGGAUGAUAUUGCUGGUUUAGAAAGUGCUAAAUACUCUUUGAAGGAAGCAGUUGUUUAUCCAUUUUUAAGACCGGAUUUAUUUAGGGGGCUACGUGAACCGGUUAGAGGGAUGCUUUUAUUUGGCCCUCCAGGCACAGGUAAAACAAUGCUGGCAAGAGCUGUAGCCACAGAGUCGCAUUCGACGUUUUUCUCUAUUAGCGCUUCCAGUUUGACGUCCAAGUAUUUGGGUGAAAGUGAAAAAUUAGUAAGGGCGCUGUUUGCGAUCGCCAAGAAACUGUCUCCUUCGAUUAUCUUCGUAGAUGAAAUUGACUCCAUUAUGGGCAGUAGGAAUAACGAAAAUGAAAAUGAAUCGAGCAGGAGGAUAAAAAAUGAGUUUCUUGUUCAAUGGUCAUCUUUAUCUAGUGCUGCAGCUGGUUCAAACAAAAACGAUACCGACAACUCCAAUACAGAUGGCAAUGAAGAUGACUCAAGGGUUUUGGUACUUGCCGCAACAAACUUGCCCUGGUCAAUAGAUGAAGCUGCAAGAAGAAGAUUUGUCAGAAGACAAUAUAUUCCAUUACCAGAAGAGCAAACUAGGUACGUUCAACUCAAAAAACUCCUAUCCUAUCAAAAACACACUUUAUCGGCAUCAGAUUUUGAUGAACUUGUAAAGAUUACUGAAGGAUUUUCCGGGAGUGAUAUAACAUCCUUGGCAAAGGAUGCCGCUAUGGGCCCUUUAAGAGAUCUCGGUGACAAGUUAUUGGAGACGGAGAGGGAUAUGAUAAGACCUAUAGGUCUUUCAGAUUUCAAAAAUAGUUUGGAGUAUAUCAAGCCUUCCGUAUCUCAAGACGGACUAGUGAAGUACGAAUCCUGGGCUUCACAAUUUGGAUCAUCUGGUUCAUGA